AUGGAUAGUAGACGCCCCGCCAGCGUUGGUUCCGCGCAUUUCCUCCGCCGAUCGCAUUGCGCCGAUGCGCGGAGUUUCCGCGCGCUUGCACUGCUCGCGCUGCUCGUCGUCGCCGCCUGCCCCCGCGCGGCAUCUGCUGGCUCUGCGCAGGGGGGAAAUCGCGCCGCCUGGUUGCGCGGGCGGGUGCUGCGGCGGCAGAUAGCGCAGUCGCAGCCUCAACAGGUGCACGUGUCACUGGCGGGCGGUGGGCGGGCGCUGGUGUGGUGGGUGACAGCUGGCAACACGCCCGCAACAGUGGAGUAUGGGGAGAGCCGCGGCCAGUACACCAAAACGGCUUCCGGGAGUGUUUCUCGUUACACGCUUAAUGGAUACACGUCGGGGUACAUUCACAAGGUGAUGCUGGGGCGGCCCAUGAAGGACGGCCUCUUAAAGCCCGGCACCACCUACUUCUACCGCCUGGGAGGCGCGGGGCCUGAGAGGGCCUUCAAGACGCCACCGGCAUCGUCCCAACCCAUCAGCGUGGCGCUCGUGGCGGACAUGGACUCAACGCCAGCAGCAGCCGACACCAUCGCUCGCCUCUCCCGCACGCCCCACUCCCUCGUGGUCUUCCCAGGGGACCUCUCCUAUGCCAACGGCUACCAACCACAGUGGGACACGUGGCAGUCCCUCAUCCAACCUGCAGCAUCGCUCCGACCCUGGAUGACAGGCCCGGGGAACCACGAGGACGAGGCAGACGAGGGCGCGCCGAGCUCCAACCCCUUUAAGGCGUACAACGCGCGUUGGCCCAUGCCUGCUGCUGCCAGCGGGUCGUCGUCGAACCUCUUCUACUCGUUUGACAGCGGCAGCAUUCACUGGGUGGUGCUGUCGUGCUACUCGGAUUACUACCAGGGAUCCGCUCAGUACAACUGGCUGCAGGCGGAUCUAGCGAAAGUGGAUCGCAAGGUAACACCGUGGUUGAUGGCGGCGUUUCACGAGCCGUGGUACCACAGCAACAAGGACCACCACCUCAGCGGCGAGGAUAUGCGCCUGGCGCUGGAGAAGCUGCUGUAUGAUGCGCACACUGAUGUGGUUGUCUGUGGGCAUGACAUGCGCCUGGCGCUGGAGAAGCUGCUGUAUGACGCGCACACUGACGUGGUGGUGUGCGGGCACGUGCACGCCUAUGAGCGCACGGACAUGCGCCUGGCGUUGGAGAAGCUGCUGUAUGACGCGCGCACUGACGUGGUGGUGUGCGGCCACGUGCAUGCUUAUGAGCGCACGAUGCUGUAUGAGCAGGGUGGCAUGUGUGGUGUGUGCGGCGAGGACAUGCGUCUGGCGCUGGAGAAGCUGCUGUAUGACGCGCACACUGACGUGGUGGUGUGUGGGCACGUGCAUGCUUACGAGCGCACGGAGGAGCUGCUGUAUGAUGCGCGCACCCAUGUGGUGGUGUGUGGCCAUGUGCAUGCCUAUGAGCGCACGGUGCUGGAGAAGCUGUUGUAUGAUGCGCGCACUGAUGCGGUGGUGUGCGGGCACGUGCACGCGUAUGAGCGCACGGUGAGUGGUGGGAGAGCAGGGUGGUGCAUGGGGCAUGUCCGGGCGCGUGAGAGGCUGCGGUAUGACGCGCACACUGAUGUGGUGGUGUGCGGCCACGUGCAUGCUUAUGAGCGCACGGUGAGUUGGAUAGCUCAAGAGCAAAUGGUGGUUUGGAGAAAAGGGGAAGGGGGGAGGUUGGGGGGAGGGGGGGCUGGUGUGGGGGGAGGUGGGGGUGGGGUUGGCAUGGCUGGACGACGCACGCACGUGCAUGCGGAGUGCAUGGAGAGUGUGCGAGGCUCACGGGUGGGCUUUGCAAGGCGGCAUGCUCUUGGGCAUGUGUGGGGUAUGAUGAGAUUUGAUGCUCUUGUGCCACUAGGCUGA